CAUCCCUGGCAUCCCUGUGGCCCAUGCGGCGCCGGCAGCUGUAGCGUGGCGCCUGCGUGGUGCUACGAGUGCGCGGUCCCCUGCAGCCGGAACCUGGCGCAGACGUCCAGAGUUUCCUUUCCCGAGGCGCAGGUCCGCGUCCUGCCGCGCCUUUCCUGGGAUGUCCCUGGCAGCGGAUCGUUGAGGUCAGUGAAGAGAGUGACCACAUCUGAAGCCUGGGUAACCACACUGAGAUCUUCUGUGUGCAGGAUUAACAGCAGACCUUCCUCUUGACAGAAUUCAGGAAAAAAAAUUCAUUUUCCUAGAACAUGGCAGGUAAGAAAGUGCUCAUCGUCUAUGCACACCAAGAACCCAGGUCUUUCAAUGGAUCCUUGAAGAAAGUGGCUGUGGAUGAACUGAGCAAGCAGGGCUGCACCGUCACCGUUUCUGAUCUAUAUGCCAUGGACUUUGAGCCGAGAGCCACAAGGAAAGAUAUCACUGGUGCUCUCUCUAAUCCUGAGUUCUUCAAUUAUGGAGUGGAAGCAUAUGAAGCCUGCAAGAAGAGGUCUUUGACCAGUGACAUAAUUGACGAGCAGAAAAAGGUUCAAGAGGCUGAUCUAGUGAUUUUUCAGUUCCCACUGUACUGGUUUAGUGUGCCAGCCAUCCUAAAGGGCUGGAUGGACAGGGUGCUGUGCCAGGGGUUUGCCUUCGACAUCCCAGGAUUCUAUGAUUCCGGUUUUCUCAAGGAUAAAUUGGCCCUUCUUUCAGUAACCACUGGGGGCACGGCAGAGAUGUACACAAAAACUGGAGUCAGUGGACAUUUUAAGUACUUCCUGUGGCCCCUCCAGCAUGGUGCAUUGCACUUCUGUGGAUUUAAAGUCCUUGCCCCUCAGAUCAGUUUUGCUCCUGAGUUUGCAUCAGAAGAAGAAAGAAAGAGGAUGGUGGCAUCCUGGGCCCAGAGGCUGAAAACUAUCUGGAAAGAAGAGCCCAUCCACUGCACACCCCCUUGGUACUUUGGAGAGUAACACUUUGUUCCAUGUACACGUCAUAAGACAUGCAAGCACACGCAAAGAGAUGGUGCUGUAAUAAAAUGAAAUUACAACAAA